AUGGACGUCUCUAAUGCUUUCCUUCAUGGUGACAUGGACGAAGAGAUAUAUAUGAGUCUACCACAAGGAUAUACGACUCCCCCUGGAGUUGUUCUGCCACCGAAUCCGGUAUGUCGUUUGCUUAAAUCUCUAUAUGGCCUCAAACAGGCUUCACGACAAUGGUAUAAGCGGCUUUCCUCUGUCUUCUUGGGUGCAAAUUAUAUCCAGUCUCCUGCAGACAAUACACUUUUUGUUAAGAUAGAGGGAGAUGUCUUUGUUGCAGUUCUGGUUUAUGUGGACGAUAUCAUGAUUGCUAGCAACAAUGACAGGGCAGUUGAGUCCCUUAAAGCUUUAUUGCGGUCAGAAUUUAAGAUCAAGGAUCUAGGACCUGCAAGAUUUUUCCUUGGCUUGGAAAUUUCGAGAUCAUCAAAGGGGAUUUCAGUGUGUCAACACAAGUAUGCUCAGAACCUGUUGGAGGAUGUAGGCUUUCUUGGAUGCAAACCAAGCUCUAUUCCAAUGGAUCCGAACCUGCAUCUUACUAAAGACAUGGGAGAGUUGUUGCCAAAUCCUCGAUCUUAUAGAGAACUCGCUGCACAUAAAGUGUUACGGUAUAUCAAGGGUAAUCCAGGACAAGGUUUGAUGUAUUCAUCGGAUUCUGAGAUAUGUUUGAAUGCAUUCUCUGAUGUAGAUUGGGCUAACUGUAAGGACACGCGACGCUCUAUUACAGAAUUUUGUGUUUACCUUGGUACUUCUCUGAUAUCAUGGAAAUCAAAGAAGGAACAACACUUUGUGUAG